AACCAAGAAUUAAUACUAUUGUGUUUGCUGAAUCUUUUAUUUUCAGAAAGAAUUAACAGAUUGUGAAAAGCUUUAUUUAGUAAAGGAAACAGGGAAAAAAGAAAGGAAGAAACACAAAUUUUUCAUAAUUACGAAAAGAGUAAAUUCAGAAGAAAAUAGGUUUGUGUCUUGUCUUUUGCUUUUCUUGUCAAUCAAACAGCUCCUGUUUUUGAAAAAUCUUUGACACCCAUUUUGAGGGAAAUUACAAGCAGAAAGGCCAGCCAUUUUCAAGAAAUCAGAAGGAGAAGAAAGGUUCUUGUUGUUCUUGAUUUUAGGUUCUCCUUUUGGUGGGAGUUGUUAUCCCAUUUUCUUGUUAGUUUUCCGUAACUUGCAGCUGCCUUUUUCUUAAUCACAUGAAAAAGAUACCAAUUUGAGCAAAUGAGCCAGAAAACAUGUUAGAGAGAAGCAAGUCUGUUGUUUUAGAUUUUAGUUGAUUGUGGUCAUUUGGGUUGUAGGAAACAUGGAUGAUGAUUUGCUAUUUGAGCUCAUUUCCUUGACACAAAGAAAUUUUGAUUUGGGCUAAGGGGAGAAGGUCAGAAAAUGAGGUAUUAAGGUUGGAGAAAGAUAGAAAGAGGGAAAAGGUGGGACAUUUUGGAAGAGAAUGAGCAGAGCAUUGAAUGGCAUUGUCAACGCCUGGGAAGGAAAGUUGAAGAAAUCUCAAGCACCUGCAAAGAAAAGGGCAAACAGCCUGUUUACAGCAAUGUCAGUUGCCCAUGUGGAUGAUGAUGAGAUUCAUCCCCCUGGUGAGGUUUAUCAUGUUGAGAAGGUCUUCUCCAAUGGAGACGUUUACAUGGGCCAGUGGGCAGACAACUGCCCCAACGGCCAUGGCAAGUGCUUGUGGGCAGAUGGCUGUAUGUAUGUCGGCAACUGGUGCAGAGGGAAGACUAAGGGGAAAGGGAAGUUCAGUUGGCCCUGCGGUGCCACUUAUGAGGGUCAAUUCAAGAACGGUUACAUGGAUGGUGAGGGUACCUAUACGGGCUCAUCGGAAGAUACCUAUAGAGGCACUUGGGUGUCUAAUAUGAUGCACGGUAAGGGGGAAAGAAAUUAUGCCAAUGGGGACCAUUAUGAGGGGCAUUGGCGUCGAGGACAGCCUCAUGGCAAUGGGAAGUAUCUAUGGAACAAUGGGAACCAGUACAUUGGGCAUUGGAGGCAUGGCAAGAUGAAUGGCAACGGAACAAUGACAUGGGCUAACGGCCAUCGGUAUGAAGGUAGUUGGGAGGAUGGAUUGCCUAGAGGGAAUGGGACGUUCCGAUGGGUUGAUGGAAGUUUCUAUGUAGGUGUCUGGAGUAAGGACCCAAAGGAGCAGAGUGGGACUUAUUAUCCAUGCAAUUCUCAGUCGGGUAGUUUUGACUGGGAUCCUCAAGAAGUAUACUUGGUGAAGUUAAGUGAUUGUACGAUCAAUCCUGGAGAGAAUAUCACUGUUUUCCCUUCACAAAAAACUGUUAAUUGGCCUUGUGAAGGGGAGGACUCGCAGAAGCAUUCAUCAGGAAGGAGUCAUAAAACAAAUGAUUCAAGACGGAGGAGAGCGUCUGUGGAUGGGUCGCUGAGCAAUGCUGAGCAUAGCUUGGGCUCCGAAUCGGAUUCUAGUCUCGAUGGCAGUAGUGAAUGUUUAGAUUCAGGAAGAGAGGUAGAUGAAAGGUCGGGAGUUCAGGAAUUAGAUAUGUCCAGUGGGUAUCCACGACCUCAUAUCGUACUAAAGCCAACAAAGAAGCAGGGGCUCACAAUAUCAAAAGGCCACAAGAAUUAUGAGCUUAUGCUGAAUUUGCAGCUAGGAAUAAGGCAUUCUGUUGGGAAACCUGCUCCAGCUACAUCCCUCGAUCUCAAAGCUACAGCUUUUGAUCCCAGGGAUAAAACAUGGACGAGAUUUCCGCCACAAGGAUCUAAACAUACUCCGCCGCACCAAUCAUGUGAAUUCAGAUGGAAGGAUUACUGCCCAUUGGUUUUCAGGACACUGAGAAAAUUAUUUAAGGUGGAUCCAGCAGAUUACAUGUUAUCCUUAUGUGGAAACGAUGCCCUUCGGGAGCUUUCCUCACCUGGAAAAAGCGGAAGCUUCUUCUACUUGACCAACGAUGACAAAUACAUGAUAAAAACAAUGAAGAAGUCCGAAGCAAAACAGGUGCUUAUAAGAAUGCUUUCAGCUUAUUAUAACCAUGUUCGGGCCUGCGAGAAUACCCUGGUAACCAAAUUUUUUGGUCUUCACUGUGUGAAGUUGACUGGUGCUGCACAGAAGAAGGUGCGGUUUGUUAUAAUGGGAAACUUGUUCUGUACUCAAUAUGCCAUCCACAGACGUUUUGACUUGAAAGGUUCUUCCCAUGGUCGCUUAACUGACAAACCUGAAUCUGAGAUUGAAGCAACAACCACCCUCAAGGAUCUUGAUUUGAACUACAUCUUCCGAAUGCCGAAGUCUUGGUUCCAAGAAUUCUGCAGCCAAGUGGACCGAGACUGCGACUUUCUUGAACAUGAGAGGAUUAUGGAUUAUAGUCUUCUGGUUGGUGUUCACUUCAGAGAUAUGUCUCGUUCUGGGAAGCUACUACAUGCUGAUGUUAAUGUUUCCGCAGAUCGAAGCCCCAUUGGGAACGGAGACCAAACUAUUGACGGAGCAGCUCCACGAUUGUCCACGACAGAUUUGGAUACUCCCUCCUAUCCUAUCAGGUGGCCAUCAGCUAGAUUAGGUUCAAACAUUCCUGCACGAGCUGAAGUAACGGUGAGGAAUAAUGGUGAGGCUCAGCUGGUGGGGGAGCCAACGGGGGAGUAUUACGACGUGGUCCUAGUAUUUGGUAUAAUAGACAUAUUACAAGAUUAUGAUAUCUCCAAGAAGCUUGAACAUGCAUACAAGUCAUUCCAAUACAAUCCAAGUGCGAUUUCUGCUGUCGACCCCCGACAGUACUCCAAGCGCUUCCGUGAUUUCAUAUUCAGAAUUUUCACAGAAGACGCUUGAAAUCGAAAGCUAACUGGAAUAUAUACAUCCCAGUUGCAUCUGGUAGGCCUCAGUUGUAAAGUUGGUUUGCUGCAAAUGACCAUUUUCUCUUACCGCGCAAGAAAGAGAAGCAUUUACCUAGAAAGUUCGGCCUUGUUGGAUAAAGGUGCCUCCAUUGUGCACGCUGUUACAGUUAGCUUUUCCAUAUUGUUAUUGUAUUUAUAGGAAGAGAUAGGCUAAACAUUUUUAUUGAGUUACAGAACAACAAUGUGAGCAGAGGCACUCAAUGCUGUGUAUAAACGGAACAGAAGCGGGCGAAAGCUCGAGUGCGGGGCUGAUUUUGUGUACCUAUAUUUUUUGGUCCCAGAAUGUAAGAAGUCUCUGGGAUUCCAGCAGUGAAUAAGCUUGUACAGAAGGUUGAAAAUGGAAUGGCAAUGAGAUAUACACAUUUAAACAGAGAAACAUGGACUCCUCUCUACUUUCUGUUUCAGUGUUUUGCAAGAGUAAUAGUAUAUUGUUAUCCACCAGUUACA